UUUUAUUGGGUGCCACAAAGGGAACACAAGUUUUUUUUUUUUCAUAUUUUUCUAGCAUAAAAAGAGCUAUAGCUCUACCAUUAUUUCCGUCCAUCCAGGUUGUAAAUUGUAAUAACCCAGAGCAACAAAUCGAGCGCUCCACCGUCGCCUCCGUCACCGUGACCGGAAACUAGUCUCCGGUUCCAAUGGACGCUCAGAAGCUUCACGUCGCAUACCAAGGCGUUCCUGGUGCCUACUCUGAAGCCGCCGUCGCCAAAGCCUGCCCUAACUGCGAAACCAUCCCCUGCGAUCAAUUCGAGACGGCGUUUCAAUCUGUGGAGAAUCGCAUUGCCGAUCUAGCAGUUCUUCCAAUCGAAAACUCCCUCGGCGGUUCAAUUCAUCGUAACUACGAUCUUCUCCUCCGCCAUAGCCUCCACAUAAUCGGCGAGGUUCAGUUGCCGGUUCACCAUUGCCUCUUGGCUUUACCAGGAGUCCGACCAGAAUCCAUCAGGCGAGUCAUUUCUCAUCCUCAAGCCCUUGCUCAAUGCGAACAAACUCUCACCAAACUCGGCCUCAACGCCGCGCGUGAGGCCUUCGACGACACCGCCGGCGCCGCCGAACACAUAGCCCUCAACAACCUCCGCGAUACGGCUGCAAUCGCAAGCACACGCGCCGCCGAGCUCUAUGGACUCGAAAUCCUCGCGAACGGAAUCCAAGACGAUUCGAGAAACGUGACGCGAUUCGUGGUUCUGGCGCGAGAUCCGGUAAAUCCGGAAGCGGAUCGGGCGUUGAAGACGAGCAUAGUGUUCGCGUUGGAGAAAGGAACGCCGGCUCUGUUCAAGGUGCUGGCGGCGUUUGCGGUGAGGAACAUUAACUUGACGAAGAUCGAGUCGAGGCCGUACCGGAGCUGUCCGAUCAGGGUGGCGGAGACGGUGAAGAGGUUUGAGUACGUGUUCUACGUGGACUUUGAGGCAUCAAUGGCGGAAGAGAGAGGUGAAGAAGCCAUGGCGGAGUUGAAGGAAUACAUUUCGUUCUUCAGGGUGUUGGGUUGCUAUCCAAUGGACAUUGUCACCAAAAGUUCUUGAAAUCAAAUGGGUAAUUUAAUUUAGCUAUGGAUUACACGUAGUAUAAGAUUAUUGGUGUUUAAUUCAAGUUUGUGAUUUGUUUAUCUAAUUGAUUUGUCUGUUUCUUCAAGUUUGUUUUUCUCCAUUUUGAUUGGUGGACAAAUUUGUUCUUCCCACAUAAUCCACAUGUAUGACUAUGUUGGUAGCUUGAAUUUCCUA